CCAUUUACUUAUUUUAUUUAACAGAUUUAUAAAAUUGUUAUGUAAUGAAUGGCAUUGAUUAUUUUAUACUUCUGGGUGGAAAGAAGAGAAGGAAGAAAGAAGGCAAUAUGCCCUUGGCGAGUUACCACCAAUUUAAUGCCCGUCUCUGUUUCCAAACGCAGUAUUAAAUGCAGCAGCUGGAGUGCCCACCCACCUUCCAAAAUCCAAAAAAAAAAUCUGUCCCAACUCUUCUCCAUUCACCUCCUUAACAAAAAACAACACCAAACAAAUGGCUAAAACCUCUCCAACUCCUCUCUCCCUCUCCCAAUGUCCACCACCACCACUCCAAACCCAAACCCAAACCCAACCCCUAACUCCCCGACUUACCUCACCAAUCUCGGCCUCGGCUACUCCAUCGCCAUCGCUCUCGGCUUCCUCGUCCUCCUCUCUACUCUCCUCCUCGCUUCCUACAUCUGCUGCCGUGCCUCUCGCCACCGCUCUCCUCCCUCACAGACCAACAACACCUCAGAUCCCAAUCCUGCUCCCUCCGACGGCAUUAUGCUCCCCCGUAUUAUCUUUGUCGCUGAGGACGACGACCAGCGCGACGACGAUGACUCCGCCGUCGUUGGUCUCGACCAGAGCGUCAUAAACUCUUACCCCAAGUUCCCUUGGUCUAAGGACUUGGAUAAUAAGGAAUCCACCUGUUCCAUCUGUUUGUGUGAGUACAAAGAUUUCGAGAUGCUUCGGAUGAUGCCUGAGUGCAGGCACUACUUCCACCUCUGUUGCGUUGAUGCGUGGCUUAAGCUUAACGGGUCCUGCCCCGUUUGCCGGAACUCGCCUCUGCCGACCCCUUUAUCUACGCCUUUGCAGGAGGUCGUGCCGUUGUCUCAGUAUGCCGCUGAUCGUAGGCGGAGGAGAUGAUGAUAAUUGAUGUUAGGGCAUGCAGGGUUUUUUUUCUUUUCUUUUUUUUUUUUUGUUUUGGUGGUGGAUUAUUUGGGUUUGUUUUUCUUUUUAGUUCUCGUUGGUUGGUUUGUGGAAAUGUAAAUUUGUUUCUUUUUUGGAUGGGUAGAGAGGGAUAAAAGGUUCGAGCUUUUUUUAUGAAUGGAUUGUAAUAUGGGUGUUUGGAUUAGGUUAUGCAGAAACAACUGUGUGUUAGCGUCACAUUCGAUUUGAAGAACAAUUAUUUUCUUUUAAA